AUGCCUCCAUCAGCAGUCCUCCAUCGCCAGCUGCACCAAGCACCUACUAUCGCCCUCUCCGGCGAAGGCAGCUACAUCACCCUCGAAGAUGGAAGACGGAUCCUAGAUGCCACCGGUGGUGCUGCCGUAUCUUGUCUCGGCCACAGCAAUGAGCAAGUCAAACAGGCCAUGAUUGAUCAGAUCAAUCAACUCUCGUACUGUCACACUGCUUAUUACUCCACAAAGCCCUUCGAGGAGCUGGCGUCGUUUCUGAUAGAUUCUACCGGUGGGAAGAUGAGUAGAGUAUAUAUCGUCGGAUCUGGUUCCGAAGCAAUGGAAGCAGCAAUGAAACUAUCAAGACAGUUUUACCUCGAAAAAGCCAACCCGGAGCCCCAAAGAACAAAGUUUAUUGCACGCAAGCAGUCCUAUCACGGCAUAACUAUCGGUUCUCUAUCCAUGGGUGGGCAUACAUUCAGACGUGAAUUGUUUGAACCUAUCUUGCUACCCAACAUCUCGCACGUCUCACCUUGUAAUCCUUAUCGAAACCGUAAGGACGGUGAAUCAGAUGAGGACUACGUUGCUAGACUGGCGGACGAAUUGGAUACAGAGUUUCAGCGUCUAGGACCAGAAACUGUGUGCGCUUUCGUUGCUGAGCCGGUUGUUGGUGCGGCAAUGGGCUGCGUUCCCUCGGUACCAGGCUACUUCAAAGCCAUGAAAGCGGUUUGCGAGAAGUACGGUGCUCUCUUAAUUCUUGAUGAAGUAAUGUCCGGAAUGGGCCGGUGCGGAACACUACACGCAUGGGAACAAGAAGAUGUCAUCCCGGAUAUGCAAACCAUUGGCAAAGGGCUAGGCGGUGGAUAUGCUCCUGUUGCGGGAUUGUUGAUAGGCGACAAAGUGAUUAAAACGUUGGAAGAGAGCACGGGUAGUUUUCGGCAUGGUCAUACGUAUCAGGGACAUCCAGUGUCUUGUGCUGCGGCCUUGGCUGUACAGAAGGUCAUCCAGAAGGAAAGAUUGGUUGAGAAUGUGAGGGUGUUGGGUAUGUUUUUUGAAGAAACGCUGCGAAAACAGCUCGCGGAUCACCCUCAUGUGGGCGAUAUUCGAGGAAAGGGAUUAUUCUGGGGUAUUGAACUCGUCCGUGACAAAAAAACGAAAGAACCAUUCGAUCCACAAUUACAACUCGCAUUUCGGAUUCAGGAAAGGGGACUCGAGGCAAAACACAGUAUUUCGCUAUAUUGUGGUCAGGGUACAGCUGAUGGGAUUGGGGGCGAUCACAUUUUGCUUGCGCCGCCCUACAACACGACACAAGAAGAGAUUUUGCGUGUUGUAGAACUUGUUCAGGCUGUACUUGAGGAUGUUUUUAGUGAGUUGGAUGCUUGA